AUGGGAGCCUGGGCCUUCGAUGUGAGCUUCCAGAACCUUCCUUGCUUCCUGGUGAAACCAGUGACAACAGCAGCGCGAUGGGCGGCUGAGGAGGAAGGUCUGGAGACGCCGUGUGGAGAGCCCAGAAGGAUGCCUCUCGGUUCCGUGUGUUUUGUGACGGACAUCAAACCUAACCCCAAAGAGGACGUUUCACGUGACACCGACCCUGCGGAUGUCCUCCUCUGUGUCUCCUCCAAAAGCGGCGGAGCAGCUCUGGCAACCGCCGCCGACCCUCCCCAAUUAGGCUCUGCUCAAAAAAAAAAAAAAAAAAAAAAAAAACUCUUUCGCAGAGACCAAGCCUCCCUCCCGGGCUGUCCAUGUUUUCCGUUUUCCUAUUUUAACGUUUGGGGAGAGUGGCAGGCGACAGAUGGUGGAGAUCAGAUCGAUGUGAUUGCAUUAGAUGACCCCCUCCCCUUCCCCACGCCGUUCUGGAAGCUCCAUCCGCGGAAGGCGAUCGCCGGGGACUCCACCACCGUGGACUCAGCCGCACGAGGACCAGGUCCCCUCCCAGGGCUUGUUAACGCCGGACCGGCGCGCCCCGGAGGCAAGCGGCUCCCAGCGCCCAGCCUGCCUCGUCGCUCAGCCCAUCGCGGACCCUCCGGCUCCUGCACACCAUCCCGGUCCCGCUGGAAGCCUGGAUGUAGAGGGGCUCCUCGCCGCCAGGACUCUCCACCUAAGCACCUGAGUGGGCUGGCCGAGUCGGAGGGGUGCCCAGCAGAGCGAGGGCAGAGGAAGGCUCUGGGGGGGCAGCAGAAUUGGAAUGAGAGCAGCCAUUCGGCUGUGGGCAGGAAGCAGCCGCACAGAGCGCAGCGUUGGAUCCUUCUGGAGGGAAAUCGAGUUAUGGAUUAUGGUCCGGGUCAAGCUCAGCCCAGCCCAGCCCAGCCAGGGGCGGGCUCAGCGGCAGCCUGA